AUGUCUCCGACAAGUUCCCGUAUCUUCCCAUACGUAUGUCGUCUUUGCAGGAUGCCGAUGAUGUUAGCAUCUGUGCCAUCGUCAGCAUCACCGACGACCAUCUCCUAUCAGAUCAAAGACAAAAAUUCUUCUGCCGGUGAAGCGAUCUGUGCUGUAUGCGGUGAUGGACAUGCAAAACUUCACUAUGGUGUGUUGGCAUGCUACGGAUGCAAAGGAUUCUUCCGACGGACGUUGACGGGCAAGUACCGCUAUGCAUGUCGUUUUGGCAACAACUGUGUCGUCGACAAAUUUCAACGGAACAGCUGUCGUUAUUGCCGUUUUAAUCGCUGUAUCGAAGUUGGAAUGGAUCCAAAAGCUGUACGGCCUGAUCGAGAUCUGACGGGAAAGCAAAAAGUGCCUCGAAUAAGAAAAAAGCCGAUUGAUGAAGAAUUAUUAAGCCAUGUGCUCCGGCUUCACGGUGAUGAUUGGUCAAGGAAGUUGAAUAACGACACGCGGAUAUUACUUCUACAACUGAUGAACAUCGAGGCAAAAGUCGUCAAAGGUGAUAAUAAUAUGAGUAACGCCUCUACACAACAAACUAAAGAUCCGCGAGCGAUUUCUCUGAAGGAAAUGUUCGAGCAAAAGCCCUCCAUGGACGGGAGACGUACUGAGAUGCGAUACGAACCCUUUCGGAUGGCACGGACGGAGGAAUUGUCCGAGAUUGCUCAUCGACGAGCGAUUGCAGCUGUAGACUGGGUGGACAGUUUGACGGAAAUCGCCGAACUGCAGGAUACGGAAGACAAGGUGGCUCUAGUGAAGUCGUGCUACUCACCUUUGACGAUAUUCAACUUCUCUGCUCGUACCGCUCAGAAUACCCCCAAUCCGGAUAUACUUUGCCUGUGCAGUCAUUCCUAUGUGCCAAGGCGUUUACCGCCUGAGUUCAAUGAAACGAACCACCUGUCAAAUGUGCUCAUCGAUCGAACCCUGAAUGAACUCGUAGCACCGUUACGGAAGUUGAAUCUUAAAGAGGAAGAGAUUGUACCGUUAAAGGCGAUCAUCAUCCUGAAUCCCAACGCGAAAGGCUUGUCGGAUCGGGCUAAGGUGGCCAUCGGUGACCUUCGUGAUAAAGUCCAAGAUAUGCUGUUCCAAAUUGUCAAAGAAUUACAUCCAAUCUACACGGCCAGUAGCCGAUUUGGAAACUUACUGUUGCUAUUGCCAACCAUUACGACUUUGUCGGGUCUAAUGAGCGAGAACAUGCAGUUCUGUCAGGCAUUCGGAGGACGACAAAGCGGUGAUCCGUUGUUGUCUGAGAUGUUCGGCGAUUUCAAAUCGAAAUUCGAUGAUUCCACCAUCUCGUCCUCGUCUAUCAGCCCACCCCUUUACGAGAAUCCAGCCGAGAUCUCACUCGAGGUGUGUUAA